AUGUAGUAGAAUGUUGAAGAAGAGGAUGUAUUUUACGAUGAAGAGUUCAUCCACAUCAUGUAAAAGGUCAUAGGUGAAUGUGAUGGAUUUGAAGAAUUAAAGAAAUACAUCGCAAUAAACAAACCAUCUUUCAAUGUAUUUGUGUCUAACAUAAAUAUUAGUUAAUCGCCACUUAAUUUUAAAAGGUUUUGGACCAAAACAAUAAAGCGAAGUUUGAGUUGAAUUUGUAAAAGAUCUUUGAAGAAUUGCUUAAAAACAAUGUUCAAAGAGUGUUUAUCAGAGUCUUAUUUUAAUAUUUGAAAAAGAAUAAAGACCAAAUGAAUUUGUAAUAACUUUCAAAUUCUGGAAUUGCAAAAAAUUGGAAGAAUUUAUAAGUUUAAGAGUUGUAAGAAUUCAUUGAACUUUUCGAAUUAAAAGCUUAGAUAACUGAUGAGAAGUACAAUACAUAUACUUACUUUUAGUUUGUGUUAACACUUUCAAGAUUUGGUAAAUAAAAAGAAAUUUUAAGAUGCCUUUCAAUUUUAUUAAGCAUUACAAUUACCUUAGAAGUGUUUUAAUAAUUUAAUAGAGUAAAUGGGAAAUAAUCAUGACGCUGGCAGGGCAGCAGAUUUUAUUAUAAAAUUAGAUUAUAAUCCAGCUGAUUAUCCAAAAAUAGUUGAGAGACUUGAAAAGAGUUGCACAAGAUAUUUGUAAUAAGAAUACCCUUGGUUUAAAUGUGAGGAAAUGUUGAUGUUCUCAAAAUCGUUAUUAGUGUAUUACUGUGAAGAUGCAUAUUUUCAUGGCAAAAAAAUAGAAGCUCUCUCUAUUAUAAAACGAAAUAACUUAAUAAAUGAAAUUAAGAAACAGAAUUUGAAAGAAGAAAUGGAAAAGGAUCUAUAGGCAGAAUUCGAAGAGAUUCAAAACGUAUUGUUUUUAAAGGAUGAAUUUAAACCUGCUGAAGAAUUUAUAAGCGAUGAAGUUGGUGUUUAUUUACAUUGCAAGGAUUUUGGUUAUCCUGAAGAUCAUAUUUUUAUUAUUGACAAAAUUGAUCAGAAUUACUUGGAUGCUUGGAAAUGCAUUAAUUAAAGUAAUGCUGUUGGUAUUCUUUAUUGUUAUUCAAUAGGUUAUGAUUGUGAGCAUAUCACACCUUGGACUAAAUUAGAUUAUUAAGGGUUUAAAGUCUGUUUGGUUUAGAUUGCCACUUCUAAUCAUGUUUAUUUGUUUGACUAUUAAAAACUCAAAGAAGUUUAAGAAUUCAAAAAUGAUAUGGCAUAGUUGUUGGAGAAUGUCGAAAUUUUAAAAAUUGGGUUGAGUUUGAAGGAUGAUUUGAAGCAUACUGUAAACUACUUGAAAUUGAAUAAUAUAAUAAUUAGAUCAAUUAUAGAAUUGUCAACCUGUUUCAAAGUAUUGGAGGGGGAUCCAAAACUCAGAUCAUUGUCAUAUAUAUCAGAAUUCUAUUUUAAAAAGAAGUUGAGUAAGUAUGACACUUGUAGCAAUUGGGAAUAUAGGCCAUUAAGAAAAGCCUAAAUUCAUUAUGCUGCGUUAGAUGCUAUUGCUUCGUUAAAGGUAUUUUAAACUAUGAAAGAGAAGAAUAAUCAGAUAAUCGAACAAGAGAAGGAUGUACUAUCUAUUGGUUGA